AUGUGGGGGUUAUUAUGGCACUGUCUAAUUCCCUGCCUCGUCUUAUUGUUCUUACAUUUUCAAGCUAUCAACUCUUUUACUCCAUCGACAAAACUUUGCCCUCCUAAAGAAAGCUCUGCGUUACUCCAUUUCAAGAACUCAAUUUCAGUUAAUAUCUCUGCUUCUAGAUUUUGUGGAGGAUAUACCUCUUCUAGUUCUUAUCCUAGGACAGAAUCCUGGAAUAAGAGCAAUGAUUGCUGCUCAUGGGAUGGAAUCACUUGUGAUAGGUUCACAGGUCAUGUGAUUGGCCUUAAUCUUGGCUCUAGUGGGCUUGUUGGUUCUAUUCACUCUAACAGCAGUCUCUUCUUGCUUCCCCAUCUCCAAAAGCUUAAUUUAGCUUGUAAUGAUUUCAGUGGAUCCAAAAUCUCUUCCAAUUUUGGUGAGUUCAUGAAAUUGACACAUCUCAAUCUGUCUACAUCCAAUUUCAGUGGCCUAGUUCCCACUCAAAUCUUUCACCUGUCUAAACUGACUUCACUUGAUCUAUCUACUAAAUAUGGCUUUGGAGGACUAAAAUUGCACCAACAUGGAUUUCGUAAGCUGUUGCAAAACCUAACAGAAUUAAGAUAUCUUCAUCUGAAUGAAGUGGAUAUGUCUUCAGUUAAAGCUAAUUCUUUGGCAAACCUAUCUUCUUCUUUGAUAUCACUCGGUCUUGAUUAUUGUUCGCUGCAGGGCGAGUUCUCAAAUGAUAUUUUCCACCUUCCUUUCCUCCAGGAGCUACGUUUAUCAGGAAAUAUGGAUCUCUUUGGCCGUUUACCAAAAUCAAACUGGAGUAGUCCCCUCAGGUUUUUGGAUCUCUCUUCAACACUUUUUUCAGGAAUGUUGUACGACACAAUUGGUAAUCUAAAAUACUUGAAUGAGCUGGAUCUUUCUGAAUGCCAGUUCAUAGGAUCACUGCCAACAUCACUUUGGAACCUCACGGAAAUCAAUUUAUUGAAUUUGGGUUCCAAUAAUUUUUCUGGUCAAGUUUCAGCAUUGUUAUCAAACCUUGGCCAACUCAAUUAUUUAGAUCUGUCUGAGAACAAGUUUUCAGGCGAGUUUCCGGAUGUUUUUGGUAACCUCAGCAAGUUAAUUGUUGGAUAUGCUGGUGCAAAUAAUUUCACUGGUUAUUUGCCUCCAUCAGCAUUCAAUCACAUUCAACUUUCAGAAUUGGUUUUAUCCGAUAAUCAAUUCGAGGGCCACAUUCCACAGUUCAGUCAUCUUUUAAAUUUAACUGACAGAAUACCAUCUUUGGGUCGCUUAGAUCUCAGCAACAACAAACUCUCAGGUCCAGUUUCAAAUUCCAUCUUUGAACAUGUAAACCUUAAUAGUCUCGACCUUUCAUCAAAUAAUUUGAGCGGCAUUGUGAAGUCGGAGAAGUUUUCAAAGCUCAAAAAUCUCAUUACUGUAGACCUUUCGUAUAAUGACCUUCUGUCAUUAAAAAGUGAUAUGGUUGACUUUAUCUUACCCAAGCUCAGUGAAUUUAAUUUUUCUUCUUGCAACCUAACUGAAUUUCCUCUUUUCUUGAGAAACAUGAAAAGUUUGGAAAGUUUAGACCUUUCAAAUAAUAGUAUUGUUGGUCCAAUUUCCCCACAGGAGCAUAUAGAUUGCGAAAGCUUGGAGUUUCUUGAUCUCUCUAGCAAUUCUCUAUCAAGUGUUGAGCAUCUAGAUUGCAAAAGCUUGUGGCAUCUUGAUCUCUCUAGCAAUUCUCUAUCAAGUGUUGAGCAUCUAGAUUGCAAAAGCUUGGUGGUUCUUGGUCUCUCUAGCAAUUCUCUAUCAAGUGUUGAGCAUCUAGAUUGCAAAAGCUUGGUGGUUCUUGGUCUCUCUAGCAAUUCUCUAUCAAGUGUUGAGCAUCUAGAUUGCAAAAGCUUGGCGGUUCUUGGUCUCUCUAGCAAUUCUCUAUCAAGUGUUGAGCAUCUAGAUUGCAAAAGCUUGGCGGUUCUUGGUCUCUCUAGCAAUUCUCUAUCAAGUGUUGAGCAUCUAGAUUGCAAAAGCUUGGUGGUUCUUGGUCUCUCUAGCAAUUCUCUAUCAAGUGUUGAGCAUCUAGAUUGCAAAAGCUUGGCGGUUCUUGAUCUCUCUAGCAAUUCGCUAUCAAGUGUUGAGCAUCUAGAUUGCAAAAGCUUGGAGUAUCUUAAUCUCUCUAGCAAUUUUCUAUCAAGUGUUGAGCAUCUAGAUUGCGAAAGCUUGCGGUAUCUUGAUCUCUCUAGCAAUUUUCUAACAAGUGUUGAGCAUAUUUCAUUGAUGACAAACCUGCAGUUUCUGAACCUUCAAUCCAACUUGCUCAAAGGAUCACUUAUGACUAUACCACCCUUUCUGCAGUACUUUUCAGUUUCAAACAACAACUUGACCGGACGAAUCCCUGAAUCCUUUUGCAAUUUGAGCCAUUUGCAACAUCUUGACUUGUCUAAUAACAGCUUCACUGGAACAAUUCCGCAAUGUCUAGAAAGCUAUGAGACGCUCGUGUUCUUGGACCUGCGAACAAAUAACUUCCAUGGUCACAUCCCUUCAUUCUCAAAUGGUCAUAUUGGAUAUCUUAAUCUUAAUGGCAAUCGAUUGAAUGGAUCGUUACCAACCUCUUUGGUUAAUUGUAAUGAGUUGGAAGUUUUAGAUGUUGGGAAUAACAUGAUUAAUGAUACAUUUCCUCAUUGGUUAGGAAGUCUUCCAAAAUUGCAAGUUGUUGUCUUGAAAAGUAAUAAAUUUCAUGGUCCUAUUGAAUAUUCAACAACAAGAUUUCCCUUCACUAAGUUACGAAUACUUGAUCUCUCUCACAAUCAAUUUACUGGUCUUUUGCCAGUAAGGUAUUUUGAAAAAUCUGAACCUAUGAUGCGUGGAGAUAAAGGUAGUCCUGAAUUUGAUUACAUGGGGGAAUAUGAGGCAUAUUCCGCGGGAUCUGUGGGGUCAAAUGUUUUUGAGUAUUAUUCAAUUGUUUUGGUGGUUAAAGGAGUUACUAGAGAAUUUGAGAGAAUUCUAUCCAUUUUAGCAGCCAUGGAUUUGUCAAACAACCAAUUCCGAGGAUCGAUUCCAGAAAUAGUUGGAAAGUUCAACUCACUCGAACUUCUCAACCUUUCUAACAACAACCUUAUUGGUCAUAUUCCAUCAUCAUUGGGAAAUUUGACAAAACUUGAAUCAUUGGAUUUGUCUUCAAAUAGGCUUGUUGGAGAGAUUCCCAAACAAUUGGCAAGUUAA